UAAAAGGCGAUCUACUUGUUCCAGUGAACAUAGCGAGCAGUAGCUAGCAUGCUAAUGUCAGGGGACGCAACCAGAGGAACGUGUUUACAGUUUUCAGGAUGACAAACCACGAGUUCGGGACACUGGCUUACACGAAAAGCCCGAAAACAACGAAAAGAACAACAUUUCAGGAUGAACUUCAGGCUGCUGUCUCUGCCAGGGCAAGCAAAACAAAAACAGAUCGCUACUCCUACUCUGAUGACUUCAAUGAAGACGAAGAUGAUUUUUUGAAUGAACUCAUCAAAUCAAGAAAAAAGAAGACUGCUGCAUUUAAGGCUGGCAAGAGUAAAGCCAAAAUCAACGACUUUGAGCUUUCAGAUGAUGAAAGCAAACAUGGACGGACAAAGAAAGUUUCAUUCCUGAAAACUCAAAGAGUCAGCUCUCCCUCAGAAGCCACACCAGAGUCACGAGAAAACGAGCCGCCAGACUCCUCCAUCGGUGGACACAACAAUCACAACAACUCAUUUUCUUCACAGCGCUCCACAAAUUUCAGUGAAGAUGACACACAACUUAAAAACACUCUUGUGGAGUCUGUCGAUCCCCAAAUCACAAGACAGAGCUCAAGUAAAUCACUGUCAUACCAGACUUCAGACGAUACUCUUCUGGACAUGCCUUUGCCUUUACCAUCUUACAGCAGUUUGACGGAAACUCCAGGUCCUGGGGAGAACGACCCUGUUCUGGAAGAAAGCUCCCAGACUCCACAUCCAUCAGAAUCGGACCUCAAACACGUACUUUCAGCAGAUAGUGCUGCAGAGCAGGAGCCACCCAGACCCAAACCAAGACAGCGGACUCUGGGACUGAGCCUUCACGCUGCAGAGAAGCUGCCUAUAGAAACUGAAUCUCAGGAUCUCAGCAGGCCCCAGACUUCAUCUGCAUCCAUUCCCCUCUCCGCUGACACAUCCAGCAACACCACCGCGAGGAGCUGCAGUCCACAAUGGACAGAAGGGGAUCACACAGUUUCAAAUAGCUUCAGCAAAUCCCCCUCAAACAAGAGUGAGCAGUCACAGCUCUUUACCAAGUCCACGGUUGAUUCUGGAUCCAGAGAUGGCUUUAUUUCCGAUGACAGCAAAGAGCAGGAGGGGAAGUACUCGACUUCAUUUGAAGAAUUUAAUGAAGAGUCGGGAGAUCGCUCAGAUCAUUUCUCGCAAACCCAGGAAAAGUCAUUUGAAACCAGGACUUCAAGUUCUCACUCUAAGACCACUCAGAGAUCUCAGAGUGCCUGCUCCAGAAAAGUGGAAUCAAGGUAUUUGGGAACUCUUAAAGUUCUGGAUCGUAAAGUGUCGCUACAAGAGUCUCAGCCACAGGCGGCAGAUUCACUCAGAGCUGCCAUUUACCAGGAAUGGCUUAAAAAGAAAAAGGAGAAGUCAAGAGAGGACAUGCAACUAAAGAAGAAAGAGGAGAUCCUCAAAGAAAAAAAGAAAGAGGAAGAAGAGGCUAAAAGGGAAGCUGCUGUUGCAUCAUAUGAGGCUUGGAAAGAAAAGAAAGUGGAAAAUCUCAAAGCAAAAGCCAAAGAAAAACAAGAUAUGAUCAGAAAAGAGCAGAGAGCGCUUGAAGAGAAAGAAGAAAAAAAACAGUCUGCUAAACAGGUGUUUGAAAAAUGGAAAGGUGAGCAUGAUCAUCUGCUCAAAGAGAAGUACAGAAAACAGCAAGAAGUGGAAAAUAAACUAAAGCUGAAAAAGCAAGAAAAGGAGGAAGAAAGAGAGAGAGAGAGCAAAUCAGCUUUUUCUAACUGGUGUGAAAAGAAGAAAGAUGUUCUUCAUGUAAAAUUGACGACGGAACGCAAAGAAAUAAAAAAUAAAGCAGAGGAGGAGCGAUACAUGACAGAAGAGAGAGAGAAAAUGGCUUUAGAGAUGUAUGAAAACUGGCUGGUAAGAAAAGAUCUAGAACAGAGGAGACAGAGAGAAGAAAGACGAAUUAAAGCGAUUCUCCGAGACAGUCCCCCUCCACCCUGGAGCCCACCUAAUAAAACUAUACCAUUUAGAAAAUAACAUUUGAAAUGUAACAUGACAUCCCUUGAUUAUCUGUGGGUGCUGUGUUACAUUUUAAGUUAUAAGUUUUGUACUGUAGGUUGUAUAAAAAGUAUGUUUUUAAACAUAGCUAUUGACGGCUGCUAAAUUUUAUAUAUAUAUAUUUUUUUUUUUCUUCAGAUUUUGUAUUAGCCAGCAGUUCUAGUGGAAGCUUAUAUUUUGUAUAUUUUUUGGUGAGCAGUACGUUUAGAAAGGUGGGAACAUUUUAUGUUAAUGUGACAGGGUGACAUAUCAUUAUGAAAGGAAAACUAAUGUGAUUGUUUGCAAUAACAUCGUACAAAACCCUCUUUACAAAUGUGUUGAUCUGUUAUUACCAUUUCAACAUCAGAAUGUAAAGCAGCAAUAAGAAGAUAUUGAU